ACAGCUAUGAUGUUUGGCCGGUGCUUUUUGUUACUAGCCCUAACCGCCAUCGCCGCAUCCGCCCCCGCGGACUCAGGCUGGCGCUGCACCGGCGGCCUUGGCUCGCCCACCGUCUGCCUGGGCCCGUCCGGCGCGCCCCGCUACAGCCCACCCUCCAUACAAAUAUUACCGCCUUUACCCCCGUGCUCUGGGCCGGCGGUCGUGCUUACCCCGCCUCCCAGUCCGUGUCCCGGCCCGCAACCGUGCCCGCAGCCGUGCCACUUGCCGUACCCGUCGCCGUGCCCGCAACCGUUCUCAUCGCCUUGUCAAUAUUAUGAUAACUAAACGACCAAGGGAUAAUUACGACUUAAGUAGUCGAAAUUCUU